UCACACGUUUGUCAGAUCAGUGAAUGAAACUCCGGACUUUCUCGACCUCACUUCUCCGACGCUUUGGGUUCGUUUUAGGGUUUCAUUUCUUCGUCUUCUUUUUCAAUUGCUGUGUAAAAUCAUGGCCGAGGUUAUGAACAUGGCCACCGCCGCCGACGAGUCGUUGGACCGCCGUCGUGAUCGUCAAGAGAAAUCGUCUGAGGAGCAACCUCAUUCCUCGCCGCCGUCGCAGCCAGCUGUCGGUCCUCCUCCUCCCUCCAGAAGAAGGGAUAGAGAUGAGAGAGAUAGGAGAGACGAACGGGAUAUUGAUCGUCCUCCGUAUCGACGCGGUGAUAAUUACGAUCGUAAUCGCUCUCCACCUUCGCUGCCUCCGAGGGACAGGGAUAGAGAUAGAGAUAGGGAUUAUAAACGUCGAAGCAGUCUUAGUCCUCCACCGCCUUACAGGGAUCGUAGACACUCGCCUCCCAGACGGUCUCCUCCUCCACCUUACAAGCGUUCCAGGAGGGAUGAUGGUGGGUAUGAUGGAAGAAAAGGAAGCCCUAGAGGAGGUUUCGGGCCUGGCGAUAGGAGGUUUGGUUAUGAUUAUGGUGGGGGAUACGAGCGGGAAAUGCGAGGCCGGCCUGGAUAUGUUGAUGAAAGACCUCUAGGUCGGUACAUGGGUCGUUCAUCUGGUGGCUAUCAAGAUUGGGAUUCUAGUCGUGGUGGGCAUGGUGAUGCACUCAAUGCAGGAGGUGGCCAAAGAGAAGGCUUGAUGACAUACAAGCAAUUUAUUCAAGAACUUGAAGAUGAUAUACUGCCUGCUGAAGCUGAGCGCAGAUAUCAAGAAUACAAGUCAGAGUAUAUUACAACCCAGAAACAAGCUUUUUUUGAUUCUCACAAGGAUGAAGAAUGGUUGAGAGACAAAUAUCAUCCGACCAACCUAGUUACUGUCAUUGAAAGGAGGAAUGAACUUGCACAAAGAACUGCUAAGGAUUUUUUGCUUGACCUGCAAAGUGGGACACUGGAUUUAGGUCCAGGGAUUAAUGCAGCAGCUACAAAUAAAUCAGGGCAUGCUAGUGAACCAAAUUCAGAUGAUGAAGCAGACAAUGAUGGCAAACGGAGGCGUCAUGGUAGAGGACCAGCAAAAGAAAUGGAUCUUCUCUCUGCUGCUCCUAAGGCCCACCCUGUUAGUUCGGAACCAAGAAGAAUCCAGAUUGACAUUGAACAAGCUCAAGCUCUUGUCCGUAAACUUGAUUCUGAGAAAGGAAUAGAAGAAAAUAUUUUAAGUGGUUCUGACAGUGACAAACUAGGUCGGGAAAAAGCACAUGGUGGCUCUUCUGGCCCAGUCAUAAUCAUAAGGGGGCUGACAACUGUGAAAGGCUUGGAGGGUGUUGAGCUAUUGGACACGCUUCUCACAUAUCUGUGGCGCAUCCAUGGUGUAGAUUACUAUGGAAUGGUAGAGACAAGAGAAGCUAAAGGUCUUCGUCAUGUAAGAGAAGAGGGGAAGAACUCUAACAUGGCUGGUGGUGCGGAUGAGUGGGAAAAGAAACUUGACUUGCGUUGGCAAGAGAGGUUGAGAGGUCAGGAUCUGUUGGAAGUGAUGACUGCCAAGGAUAAAAUAGAGGCUGCUGCUCUUGAAGCUUUUGAUCCAUAUGUUCGCAAGAUAAGAGAUGAAAAAUAUGGAUGGAAAUAUGGCUGUGGAGCCAAGGGUUGCACUAAGCUGUUUCAUGCCCCUGAGUUUGUACAUAAGCAUCUUAACUUGAAACAUCCAGAGCUCGUGAUGGAGCUGACUUCAAAAGUGCGUGAAGAGCUGUAUUUCCAAAAUUACAUGAAUGAUGCAGAUGCUCCUGGAGGGACGCCUGUCAUGCAACAAUCACUUCCGAAGGAUAAGCCACCGAGACGUAGGAUGAAUUUAGAUGGUCGGCUGAAGGAUGACAGAGGUAAUCGCAGGGACCGCGAUAAUUGGGCUAAUGGGGGUGACAGAUUUGAUAGAUCUGAGAACCCACAAUCAAGUGACUUCCAAUCAGCAAAUGAUGGUACGGAUGGUGGAAAAAUUGAUGAUCCUAUGUUUGAUACUUUUGGUGGACAAGGAAGACACGUUGCUCCUUUUGCAUCUGAAAUACCACCGCCAGUGCUUAUGCCCGUUCCUGGUGCUGGUCCAUUAGGACCUUUUGUCCCUGCUCCGCCUGAAGUUGCAAUGAGAAUGUUGCGGGAACAAGGAGGUCCACCUCCUUUUGAGGGUGGUGGUAGAAAUGGAAGGCCAGGACCCCAAUUAGGUGGAUCUGCUCCUAUCCUUGCCCUAUCGUCAGGUUUUCGACAGGAUCCUCGUCGAAUACGAAGUUAUCAAGACCUAGACGCACCUGAUGAUGAAGUCACUGUAAUAGAUUAUAGAAGCUUGUAGAUAUAUUUGGCAUCAGCAAAGUUUAGAGGCCCACUUGUGUUUCUAAGAAAGGGGGCAUGCAACUCCAAAACUGGUACGGAUUAGGCCUGGUCACUGUUUUAUAUUCUUCUUGUUGCCGAAGAAGUUUGCUUUGUUUCACCCCAUAGUGAGAACUGAACAUUGAGUUGAUCACAUUCUGGCUGUGGGCAAGUACAAAUGUUCAUGAGAAUUGUGCAUUCAUUUAACUUUUUAGCUUUUUUGCCCCCCUACUCUCUGUAUUCUUAGUGAAGAAGGAAUUCGACCCGAAGGCAAGAGAUUUAAUGAUCGAAAAAUUCCCAUCUUUCAAACUUUGUAGAACUUAAAUUCUUCUGAAGUUAGGAGUGUGCAUUCCCUUUUUUACUAAUUUUUUCUUAUUAUUAUUAUAGUCGAUUUUGGUCAAGUAAGAACUAGUAAUAAAUUUGUGGAUAUUAAAUCUUGUUCUAUGAAACUUCUAACAGUUAAGACUGUAAUGUUAGGAUGCUCAAUUAUAUUUUAGAAGAUAUUCAGUUCCCAGGCAGCCUCCCAUUUGACAUCUAUGAGUAGACUGGAAAGUUGUUCUAUAGUA